GCCUGAAGCAGAGACAUGCGAUAUCGGCAGAAGUGCGCUUUCUGGUUGCACUUUCUUCCAGCAGAGGGAUACAAGAUUUCCUGUUCCUUCCUUCUUGUUUUUCUUUUAAUUCAUGACAAAAUGACAAGUAAAGCAAAACCGCCUAAGACGAAGGAAGGUGCUGCGGAAGAUGCGCCGGUGACCCUGAGGAAGAGGCCCUUCAAGAGGCACGGACGUCUGUACGCAAAGGCUAUCUUCACCGGUUACAAACGUGGAUUGCGCAAUCAACAUGAACAUACCGCAUUGCUCAAAAUUGAAGGAGCCAUAACCAAAUCAGAUUCUGAUUUCUACGUAGGAAAACGAUGUGUCUAUGUAUAUAAGGCUAAAAACAAGACUCCAGUACCUGGAAAGACCACGAAGAAAACUAAGAUUAGGGCUAUCUGGGGCAAGGUCACUCGUCCCCAUGGAGCAAGUGGAUCGGUACGUGCAAAAUUUAAGAGAAAUCUACCAGCCAAGGCUAUGGGUCAUCGUAUCAGAAUUAUGCUGUAUCCCAGUCGGAUAUAAACUCAUACUCUUGUAUAAUAUAAGGAAAUAAAUACCAUUUUGGUAACUAAAAGAAA